GCAAUGAACUGCAUUAAACCAGCACACAAGCUAGAUAUCGGGCCGAUGUGAUGCUGACAUAUCCUCUUUACUAGGUUUACUAUGAACAAGAGCGACACAGUACAACGACAUGAUGCAUGAGCAGACGGUGACUCUAAGCAGCUCGGGGACAGCAGACUGGAGGGCCCCCUCCAACUGCACAACGCCGUACGACGAGGACCGCGUGCCCCUGGUGGUGCUCUACAGCCUGGUGCUCAUUAUCGGGCUGCCCGCCAACAUGGCGACCAUCUACCUGACCUGGCUCCAGGUGCGCCGGAAGAACGUGCUGGGCGUGUACCUGUGGAGCUUGUCCCUGUGUGACCUCAUGUACCUGGCCACUCUGCCCACGUGGGCCAUCUAUGUGAACGGAGGCCAUCAGUGGCCAUGGGGCUCCAUGGCCUGCAAGAUGACGGGCUACUUGUUCUUCACCAACAUGUACAUCAGCAUCUUCCUGCUCUGCUGCAUCUCCAGUGACCGCUACGUGGCGGUGGUUUAUGCUGUGGAGUCCCGAGGCAUACGCCAACAGAGGCUGGCGGCGGUGGUCACCGUGAUGAUCGUCAUGGUGGUAGCCGUGGGUCACGUGCCCGUGUUCACAAUGCCGGAAGGCAACACAGACAAAGGGGAGAGGCGCUGUUUUGAGCCGGGUCAGAGCACUGCCAUGGUGACGGGUUUUAACUAUGCCCGCUUCGUCAUUGGCUUCUUGAUGCCGCUGGCAGUGCUGGUGUUCACCAACCAUGCCAUCCUGGCUAACGUGCAGGCCAGUACAGGACUACGGCCAUGCGAGAAGGUGCGGGUGCGGUACCUAGCGGUGGCCGUGGUGGCGCUGUUCCUCGUCUGUUUUGCGCCGUAUCAUAUUAUCCUUUUACUGCGGGCUGUCACCUACCACUUUCCUGAUCUGGGGGCUUGCCACUUUGAACAACGCAUCUACACGCCAUAUACCAUCUCUCUCGGCCUGUCCACCUUCAACAGUGCCAUUAACCCCAUCCUCUAUGUGCUGUCCAGUGACAACAUCCGUAAGGAGAUGAGUCGCGGCCUGGCAGGCCUUAGGGGUCGCCGAGGAACCCUGCAGCCUCGCUCCACAGACAGCAUCCCGCACAAAAUGAACAACUCAUCUCAGGUUGCUACCACCAAUCCCAGUGGGUUGAUGGGUGGUAGAUGAUGGAGGUGAGGUUUGAUUGGAUUCUAUAUCUGAAUGCAGACUUUAUGAAAGAAGGGCGUCAAGUUUACCACCCUUGUGGUACUCUUCACAGAACAGUAGCAAUGUGAGACGAUACAAUGCAGCCUUGUAAAAUGUGUUCCACAGAAGCACUGUUGUUAAGUUUGCUUAGGUAAGAGAAACAGAAGGAUUGAUAACUUUUUUUGCAGUUAUUUGGAUCUAGAUUUCUUUUUUUUUUUUGCUAUUGACGUACAAGAUUGAGACAUGAAUGUGGGCAGUGUUUUCCGGACUAUUCUCAGAUGCCAAUCACACCAGAGAGUGGUGCGGAAGCCAGUCUAAUAUAGUCCAACUUGUUAAUACUUUAUUUGUACCUUGAAUUUUUUUCCUAUUUAUUGUGCUUGUUUUACACUGUAAUAUUGCCAAUUUGAUUCAGCAUUUUUACUUUGAUUUUGAAAUAAGUAAAUUGGGUGUAUUUAUUCAUAGUGUAUCUGGUUUAUUGUUCAUAAACAAAGACAAGAAAUAUAUUUGUAAAUGUUUUUCAUUAUGUUCUGUUUUGCAAGUAAAAUGUGUGACAUUUCUAAUGAUCUUAUCAGCAUUGUGGAUGUCUUUCUGUGUCAGCAGCCUUCAACCUCAAAAUCAGGCUGCAAGUUGCAUAGAGAUACUUUAAGCAUGGGACGUUUUAAAGGAUUCAGCCGGUCUGUGGUUUAGAAUUGCCAGUAAAAAAAACAAAAAACGUUUUGUUACUCACAGGAAGUCAAUUUUCUUAUAAAAAAACAAAACAUCCAUCUAGCUCUUCUUAAGCUUUGAUCUUGAUGGAUUAACUACAUAUGACAAAGUAGAGGACAUCCAUGAGAAAAGACAGCAAGGCAUUACAUGUAUGAGACAAACUCUUGGUGGGGCACGUAAGGUUCCCAUCACAAGAAGUGAUUUCACAACUAUCAGAGCGUUUAUCACUUGUGCAAGAAAGUGAUUUCCUGUGAAAUACUUUGUUCAUUCUCAGAUUGAUACACAGGAAACAUCUUUUCUCACCAAGACAGAGUUCACAUUUCUAUACAGGUAAUAGGAAAAUGUGGUGUGUAUUAUCUGUAAAUGUGUGCUGAUGUGUAUUGUAGAGGUCAUGGUGGGAUCUUCCUCCUCACCCAAAUAUCUUAUCAUUUUCAGUAUUCUCUAGUAUUAGGAAAUUAAAGCAUCUGUAUAUAUACGUCUACUGUAUAUACCGUGUGGGUAAUAUAAAUACUUUUGAAUCUAUGGGUAACAUAUUUUGUCUUCUCCUAAAUAAAACUCAU